AUGGAUACCAUUUUCAAAGCUUUUGGUUUGGGCUUGUUGCUUCUUUCAGUAAAUCACACCAACUCAAGCCAUUCUGAGUGUUUGACUGGAUGCGCCUGUACAAGCAAUCGCCAUGGAAGGUCUCUGUUAUGCAUGGAAACAGCUAUAUCAGGGAUACCUGAAGACAUCCCUGAAGAUUUCACAAAAAUCCGAAUUGAGAAGUCCCAUUUGACUGAAAUCCCCAAGUCUGCUUUCUCUCAUUAUAAAUCACUGGAACAUCUCUGGCUAAACUUCAAUGACAUCACUAUCAUCCACAUAAAGAGUCUGGAAGGAUUAAGUAAUUUGACUGAGCUCAGGCUAGAAGGCAAUAAACUGCGGUCAGUACCAUGGACAGCGUUUGAAGACACGCCCAGCCUCAAAAUUCUGGACUUGAAGCACAAUCGUCUUGACGUUCUCCCUGAACAUGCACUGAAAUUUUUGCCACGUCUGACCUACUUAGACUUAUCCUUCAAUCAGCUUACAGUCACGUCGAAAGAGGUCUUCUUAAAAUGGCCUGUGGGUGACACGGCCUUUAAAAGUGGGGAAACUGCUGUUCCUAACGUGGUUCUGGCGCUCCAUGAUAACCCGUGGGUCUGUGACUGCCGUCUCAAAGGUUUUGUUGAGUUUGUCACAUCGCUUAGUCCGCCUAUCAUUCUGAUGAACUCCUACUUGACAUGCAGUGGUCCAGAGUACAUGGCAGGCAAAUUCUUCCAUGAAAUUGAGCUGAAGACGUGCACAAAACCAGUGGCGACCACCUCAUCCACCAACAUCACCAUGCCGCUGGGUGCGAACAUCACUCUUCCAUGCUUUGCUAUGGCCAGACCAGAACCAGCUGUCUGGUGGACAUAUGGCCUUAAGAUACUAAGAGGAUUUCAUGAGUUUCAGACCCGUGUGAACGAAGACACAAUCAAGUCUGAGCUGGUCAUUCCAUCUCUUCACCUAGCCGAUCGUGGUGUCUACACUUGCACAGCCAACAAUUUCAUCGGAAAUGCGUCGGUCAGCAUUCUGGUGGAUGUUAAGCCUCCUGAUGGCUCACAUCCCCUUUCCCCAGGUUUUCCUGCUGCAGCCACUGAGGAGAAUAUUUACAUUGACAUCCGUAUUGCCAAGCAGACUGUUUACGGCAUCACUAUUGAGUGGUAUGCUGUGAUGGAGAAACCUUCAGAGACCUGGUUCACCAUCCACUUUGGCCGCUAUGAUACACCCAAAAAGGAGCUAAUCUACAUCGGCCCCGGAAUCAACACCUACUCAGUCACAGACCUGCUGCCGCUCACCAAGUAUGACAUCUGUGUGACUCUGAAGAACCAAGCUCCCCGAAAUGGUCAGUGCAUUGUGUUUGUGACGGGCAGUGACAUGAGCGAAAUGGAACAGAGGGAGAAGCUCAUUCACAUUGUGGUCAUUGUUUUGGCCAUGGUUCUGGCCGUGCCAGCAGGAAUGUAUGCCUGCACCACUGACACUAAGUUCUACUGCUUCGAACGUGGCAUGGAGAUGUGGAGGAACUGGAGGCAAGCAGAGCAAACACACAGACCAGACGAGGGGCAGGGGACCUUUGAUAGCCUGCAGGCUGCCAGCGAUGAAGGCCUCUGCAAGGAUUCCAGCGAGGGCCGCAAGACCCGCAGAAGGUCUGAUGACAGGAUACAGAAAACUAAAUUUGACCGCAAACCCACAAUAUAG